GACGAGUUUUUCUCUUCUCCCUCAUGAACGAUUCCGAGCGCGUCCCAAACUUGCAGCAGGCUCCGGAUGAUAGCUGAGAGAGAAACGUCCUCUCAAGCCUCUCAUGCAUUCAAACGCCAGUAAUGAAGUUUCGUUGUGGAGACCAGAAGAAGAAAACUGACAGCAGCUUAUAUUCCAAAUUGGACGGAGGAGGAUUGCUACCUCGACCUACGGAGUAUGCAGCAGGUUGAAUAAGUGACAGCGAUGGGGUCAUCAGAAUCAAACCGCCAGUCCGUCACUUUGUUGGCUGCUUUCUGCCUCCUGUUAGCAGUGAUCUCAGAAGGAGCAGAGGUCCGUGGAACUAUUGGAGACGCAGUACAGUUGGAGUGCAGUCUUCGUGCUCCAGAGUUGAAGCAUGUGGUGGAGUGGGUCAGAGAGGGACUUGACAACCCUGUGCUUAUGAAGUUUGGCUCCCACGCUCCCCGUGUCCAUCCCAAAUAUGAAGGCCGAGUGUCUCUGGUGAAAAAUGCCAAUCUCAGGUUGGAGGCCUUGCAGCUGGAGGACCAGGGCCUCUACCAAUGUCAGAUCCUCCGGCUGGAUAAGUCCACAGAUGAGCCACAAAACAGUACUUGGAUACGUCUCUCUGUGACUGCCCCACCCACUUUUUCUAAAGCUCCACCCCCUGCCAUUGAGGGUGUUGUUGGAAGUGACCUGUCUCUAGAGUGUGAAGCAACUGGCAACCCUCCACCUACAAUCAGCUGGAGCAAGGAUGGCAGCAUCAUCGACAGUCGCCCUGAGAACGGUGUGUUACUUCUUAAAGCCGUGAACAUGCAGUCGGCAGGACAGUAUAGCUGCCAAGCUUCCAACUCGGAGGGAAGCACGACUGCCGUUACAAAAGUGAAGAUCAAAGGACCACCAGUCAUCCUCAUCCCUCCCAGGAACACCUCCCUCAACAUAUCGCAGGAUGCCCAGCUCCAGUGCCAGGCAGUCGCUGAUCCUCCGAACAUGACCUACGUGUGGCAGAAGGAACGAGAAAAUGUGUAUCACAGAGAGUCUCUGAAGUCACGGGUGAAAAUCCUGGUGGAUGGAACCUUACUAAUCUCAAGACUCACUCCGGAGGACUCUGGGAACUACACAUGCAUGCCGACCAACGGUCUGAUGACACCGCCGACUGCCUCGGCAAUCCUGACUGUCAUGCACCCAGCUCAGGCUUCUGGAAUGCCAGAGGAAACGUAUUUACCUGCCGGAAUGGAUGGGAGGAUCCACUGUCCUGCGGUGGCCCAGCCUCCGCUGCUCCGUGUGCUGUGGACCAAGGAUGGAGAACCUCUUGAUCUGUCCAUGUACCCAGGGUGGUCUGUGACCUCCAAAGGCUCCCUGAUCAUGGCCACAGUGAACGAUGACGCGGAAGGUAUUUACACCUGCACACCGUACAAUAGCUAUGGCAGCAUGGGGCCAUCAGGACCAACUAAAGUCAUCCUGCAGGAUCCCCCAACAUUCAGAACCCCUCCCAAGAAAGAGUACAGAGAGGAGGCAGGCAGGACCUUGCUCAUCACAUGUCAGGGAAGCCAGGACCCCACUACAAAAAUCAGCUGGAUUAAGGUGGAUGUGAACCGUCCCGUUUCUUAUUCCAUUGAACAAAAUGGCUCACUCCUGCUGCAGCCUCUCAUGAAAGAGCACCAUGGCCUGUGGGAGUGUUCCGCCGCCAACCGCGUGGCCUCUGUGAAAUCCAGCACACAAGUGUUGGUUCUGGGAACCAGCCCCCAUGCUGCAACAUCUUUGUCUGUCUCUCCUGGAGUCAGACAGGCCAACAUUUCUUGGGUGGCUGGCUUUGAUGGAGGAUCCGCUCAGACAUUUUCAGUUUGGGUGAAGAAGAUUUCAGAGAGCGGGGAUAAUGAUGAGAAGCCGGAGUGGUUCUCUGUGCCUGCUUUGCAGUCCACCAAACUUCUCGUGACAGGCUUGUCUCCCUCCACUGUCUAUCAGUUCAGCGUCCUGUCUCAAAACAAAAUGGGAACCGGACCUUUCAGCGAAAUAGCAUCCCUCCGCACCCUGGAUAACCCAAUGAAAAUAAGUAAACUCAAGCCACCCACUUCGCUGACUGCUUCGAUGAGUGCAGCAGGUGUAGUUCUGCAGUGGUCCCCGCCUCCAGCCCUUCACCCUCCCGUCACAGGCUUCCUCCUUCAGACUCGCACCAUCCAAGGGGAAUGGUUUAAUGUGGAUGAGGACAUCAGUGCCAACACUAGUGAGAUAAUUGUUCCAGGGUUGCACAAGGACAGCGUGUAUGAGCUGCGGCUUCUAUCUCGUUGCGGGGAGUUGCUGAGUGAGCCCAGUCCAUCAGUCAAUGUCUCAACCAUGGGCAUCGAGAUGAACCCCUCCACAUCAAGGCUGCUGGAGUUUGUCCCAGAGCCAUUACUUGCCGGUGUUCUUGGCGGCGUUGGCUUCAUGUGUUUGGCACUGUUCUUACUUCUGGGUUCAGCCUGCAUCAUCAACCACAAGCGGGACCGACGCAGAAAGAAAAAAGAUGAUACCCCUCGCGUCAUCUACAAUUGCUCUCCAUCCAUGAAGACGUCGGGCUUUGGCAGUGCAGACAGUGUGUUGAAGAAAAGCCUACUCCCAGCCAGCCCUCUCUAUCCCACCAUAUCAUCCACUGCCUCCUCGUCCACCUCCUCAAAGACUGAUUGUUCCUCUUUCAGUGCAGAGGAUUGUCACCAGAGGAAGAAUCACCAGCUCAAACACAGCCAUGGGUGUCUCUCUAGGACGUCCUCCACCCCUCUAUCUCCCUCGGUUGAGCUGAUCUCCCGUGGCCCUGAUGGACGCUUUGUACUCCCGCCAUAUGAGGAUACAUUGAGCAUUCACAGAAAAAAGUCGGCAAGCAUCAGGAGGUCCAUAUCGGUGUCAUCAGAGUGGCGGGAACAGAAAGAUCUGCCGUUCGUCCUCUCUGUUGACCUGCCACCAUGUAAAUCCACUGGGAAGCAUUCGACAAGCCAGGCGGAUCAAGUUUCCUUGCGUCAGUCCUGCUGUAGCCCAGAUUUUUCGGAGCAGAGGGAUGACUACACCAGCAUUAACAGUAUGCGCUCAAGUUUGUCCAACUUUCCCCCAAAAGCUCCAGAGUUUGCUCCCAGUUUUCCAGUGCUGCCACACAUUCGAUCUGGCUUUGGACAGCAGUCAACAACCGCAAGUGCCCUGGUGCUCCAAAUGGAGCACGAGCGUGAGAGAGGGAACCUAAGCCGCUGCCUUAAACUUGCCCAGGAAAGAGAGGAACUAGAGAGGGAACUCCAGAGGCUGAAUCUGCAUCACGGUGCAGAGAGAGAAAUAAAUGAGGAGGCAGAGUCAGGAGAAGAUGAAGUUCGGAGGCCUGUGUGGGAAUAUAAAAGCAGCACAUUACCUCAGAGAUACCAGCCUUGCACCAAUGAGACUACCUUUUCUUCACCUGCUGUCCCCUGGGAUGCCAGUGCUCAUGUCUCCUCUCCUUCUGUGAUCCCUGUCAGGACAACGUCUAGUCCCACACGCGUUCACCCUGGUAAACACCAGCGCGCCCCGGCUUUUAUCAAACAGACACCUCUCCGUUCGGAGGAGGCGCACAGUUUUUCCAAAGACACAUUAACUCUCCCUCGUGUCUCUUCAAAGCACCCAAGACAUGAAAGUGAGGAGGCAGUGCUGCAUGAUAACUCACAGCAAUCCACAUCCUCGGAAAUGCAAACGAGUGAUUCAUGCACUGAAGUGUGGAGACAGAACUAUGCAUACGGUGACAGUAACUCAGCAUUGUGUUUCCAUGACAGUGCAAGUACGGGAAGACCCAAGUCAGCUCUUGAUACCGUGUCAGGCACCUUAGAUGGAGAGACGCCUGGGCAAAACAGUGAUGAGGUGUUCGUUGAAAUGAGUGUCGAUGAACCAGAAUUUGAGGAACUGCAACCUAACAAGCACAUGUUGCACCAAAGAAUUGCCUCUCAUGUGCAACAUGGCCAUCCUCUGAGUCGAAGAGGCCACUUUAAGGACGUGAAGAGGAGCAAGAGUUGUCACUCUGAUGCCCCUGUAUCUGUGGAUUGUUCCCUUCUCCGAGAUGUAGGCAGAGGUGUGUGUGGAGCUUAUGACUCUAAGCAUAGGAGUCAUAGUUUAGAUUUGCGGAGAAAAAAAGGGCAGCAUUUCUUGACUCCUGAUGCAUGGAUAGAUUCUCUUAACCAAGCAUGUGCCAGGUCUGUAUGUCAUCUGGACAAUGCAUACAUGGAAUCGCAAAGAUUCUCCACCCCCUCGAACGCCAAAGUCAUAUGUUCCCCCAAUGAAGAUGACCAAUCCUUAAUGGGUAGCAUGGAAAGGCCUACUGAAAUUCCUGAGGUUUGCAGCUACCAGCUUCCAAGAGAGGCAUUCAUCGUUCCUAAUCCAGCAAAAUCUGCUCUUCAUCAGAACAAGGCUAUUUGUUACCUUGAGGACACCGAAGAAUCCGCCAGAUCUCUUCUUGAGGACAAUGUCCUGAACUCUGAACAGAAAGCACUGCAAGUUGAGGAGGGAGGCUAUGACGUGGCCGAGUCAGGAAGCAGUUACAGCAGCUAUGCCAGCAGUGGUCGAGGCAGCAUGGCGCCCACUAACGGUCGCUUGUCCAUCUGCAAUCUUCCGACAUCCUCCACCAGUUCCCCAGUGACUGUGGAAGAGAGCCAGCAAAACACUGAGGACAAGUACAGGCAUCAGGCACAGCAAAGCCAAAGGAAACGUUCUGUUGAUGAAAACUAUGAAUGGGACGACACAGACUCCCUCGCUCAGUCCAAGGACGCAAAAGAUGGGCUCCUUCCUCUAUUGAAUCUUCAGAAGUCGACACUGUGCUCCAGCCUUCCCAGCAUGCCGUUUUCCACCAAAGCGCUGGAAAAUUGCAGUCGGUUCUCCAUCCUCCCUGGGCAUCAGAGCAGCCGCUCUGCUGAACCCGAACUGGACACUGUGCUGUUCUGACAGCGGCAGCUUGAGGCCCAUCUCACCUGGAGGGACGGAACAAUGGCAUCCAGCAGUUGUUACACCGGCUGGCGGCGCCCCCAAGGUCGCUGUCCCCAAAACAGCACUCGGCGAAAUGAAGGCUCGCAGAUGAUGAUGGCAGGUUACUGACCGGCACGCCGCUGCAUUCAGUCAACGUUCAAUGAGCGGCGCUAUUUUAUCGCAGAGUAGAGAUGAGACGUCAAUCUAAAGAGGAGUUCUGGUUGUGUAAAUAUUGUAUUGAAUAUACUAUAGCAAUGUCCAUGCCUUUUUUUUAACCCUCCUCUGUGGAUCAUCUGUCUUCCUGUUCACCACCAAGAAUUCAUUCUGGACCUGAAAAAUAACUUUGGUAACAGACAAUUCAUGUUAAUAAAAUAAUUACUUGCUUCAGUACUUCAUAUUGCUAAUGCACCUAUGAAUAAGUAGUUUAUUCAUAGUAUUCAUGUUUCCGAAUCUUUAGUGUAACCAGAAUUUCAAUGUUUACGUGAGGUUUUUGUUUACUUAAGGAAAUGUAUUUGGUUCUAAAAAUUUGGACCGGUAAAUAAAACAUGACCUGAGAUGUCAUGAACAAAAAAAUAAAUCGAUAAAAAAAUAGAAGAAUGAUAAAUCUACGUAGACCUUUUGGUGAUCACCAUAAUUUGUUUGUUUGUUUCACACACACGCACACAAAAACACUUACCUAGAAGCACAUGUUUGUCCAAUAACAUCAGCAACACAGGAAAAGAGUGUUGUUUUUAUAUAUAACAAGAAUGCGGUGAGCCAAGGUGAGAGAGUCCAAGAUAACAUGAGCACUGUCUGACAUCUAAUACAGGCUUGGAGAAGACAAAUGAAAAGUGAGGUGCUUGAAUCAAUUGUACGUCGGAGUGAAAUAAAAUCUAAAAGAGCUUGUCGAGAGAAAGCUCACAGGAAAAAAAAGAGUGUGAGCUGGCCAGGAGUGUAUCAUGGAGAUUUGAAGUGGGGCGAUGUACAAAUCCUAACUCCUUUAAAGUGGAGGAUGCAAAUGCUGCCACUGACUUUUGAAGAGCCAAGCUCCUUUCAAGAAAAAGAGUAGCGCUCUCGCAAAACAGGAGGCAGCCAAACGGAAUAAAACUGAGUAAGACAAGCUGAGUAUUGUUUCUUGAAACCCACAGAUAUGACAUUAAAAAGUAUCACCGUAAUCUUGUUUAAUGUCAUUUAAGGACCUCCAUUGUGUCGGGAAUGAGCAGUAACCAUGGUAACCGCAGCGUUAUGCAAACUCAAUUGAGGUUAAAUUAGCCGUGGUUGGGUUGAGCAUUAAAAAGAACAGUUCUCCUCCGAAGGUUUGGAUUCUUAAUCUCAAGUGGGAGGGCUGUGGGUGAUGAAUAAAUCCACUGUGGAGCGCUUUCAUAGAUAUGGAACAUGCAGAAGCACAGGCUAAAUGAUGCAAAACGAUGUUGAUUUUUGAAAAAUGAAUAAAUUCACCUUUUCACUGUGGCUCCAUCGGCGUUUACAAGCGUCUCUGCUAUCCGACUGAAUAAAAUGGCUCAUCGAUCAGAAGGAUAUACAUGUGCACCUGCUUUUAAUAGUGGUAUAAAAAUGUUGAAUUGUUUCCUGCAUUGUCUUUUUAAUACAAUGCUGAUGUUUUUUUUUUGUUUUUUUUCUGAGACACAAAUGGUUUAAAAGGGAUCUGCGCCCUUCUGGGCUUCAGUUUGAAUGAACAGGCUCAUAUUUAUUUCCCCCCGUGUGACAUUGAUUAAAUUGUAUUUUUUACUUUGGGUUUUAUGAAAUAUGAAGCUGUGUACAGAGUCCUAAAAUGUAUUUCUUUGUUUUAUGUGUAGUGUUCAGAUUUAAAUAAUCUAAUAAAAAAGUACAGACACA